AUGAACAGCAAGUCUCCCACCAAAGUACGUCGUGCUCUUUCCGGCAAAAAUGUAAACCAUCGCUCCAACAACUUUUCUCCCAAGAGAGCGGAACUUCUGCCGAAAGCUCAAUCCAAGCGGUCUAGUCCCACCCGAACAAGUCCCACGAAGAACGGUGGUGAUCCCUUGGGAAAGACAAGCAUUUUCCACUUCUUUGAAGAAUCUGCAGAAAGCCAGGAUUUGGUAACGCUGAAGCAAGAGAAGCUACGAUCACUAAAGAAGAACAAACCACUGUUGGUUGCGGACGACGAAAACAAUGCGAAGCAUACUGAGUGGAGCGAGCAAAAGGUGCAAAUUUCGCCUGCGAGACAACCAAUGGCCGACUUGAAUGUGGAUGAUCACGCUGGAACGUGGGAAGUCUACACUACUGAGAAUAGCGAAUCGAGAUCGCCUUCUAAAUCUCCUUCGAAGUCGCUUUCCUCGAAAUCUAUCAUAGGAUCCUCAAGCAUCGACUCCUGGAGCUAG